UUAGUAGACGUCACGUCCGUCACCACCCCUCCGACGGUGGCCGAAGGGCCGCGGCGGCCGUGGUGAUGUUGCUUCCCCCUGCACUAUAUUCCCGCCUGGCCGGGGAGCCGGGGGCAGCCGAACCGCUGCCCGUGGAGAGGAACCCUGCGGCUGGGGAGGCACCCUUCCGAUUCGCGCCGCGUGCCGUGCGCUUCCCGCGGGAUCACGAAUUCUUCGAGGAUGGGGAUGUGCAGCGGCACCUGUACUUGCAGGACAUGCUCACGCAAGUGUCCGAGACGCCGGAAAAAUCCAUGGUGCCUGAGUUCACCUGUCAGGUGGCUGGCUGUUGCCAAGUGUUUGCCGCCAUAGAAGACUACCAGCACCACUACCACAUGAUGCAUGGAAACACCUGCUCCUUCUGCAACCGUGCCUUCCCCUCUGGGCAUUUGCUGGAUGUCCACAUCCUGGAAUGGCACGACUCUCUGUUUCAGAUCCUGGCCCAGAGGCAAGACAUGUACCAGUGCUUGGUUGAAAGCUGCCCAGAGAAGUUCAAGACCAGCCAAGACCGGAAGGAUCACAUGCCCAGCCAUGCCAGCUGCAGCAGACGCAGCAACCAGAGCCCCAACAGAUGACAGUGACGCCAUGGAGAUCUGCUCUGAGCCCGCUGCCCCACCUCCCUGCAGGCGGACCUACAGUCACAGGUCUGUGUGUGCAUCUUCCGGUGUGUCCUAUGACCCUAGGCUUGAAGGUGGGUGAUAAUGGGCAGGAAGAUGGGCUUUGCUGAAGGUGACACCCUGAAUGUUCUAGUUUCCCUUCCUUCCUAUGCUUUGGAUCCUGGAGCCCAGCAUGUAGAUAGACAGACUGACAGACAGACAGACAGACAGACAGACACACACACACACACACACACACACACACACACAGAAACACAUAGUGUCAUCUCGGCUGGGUAGAACUGAUGGACCUUCCCCCGCACUUGCCUGCCAGACAAGCUUUCUCAGAUUGAGCUAACAUCAACUAUUAUCUUGGGGAAAUUUUUGAACAGUGGGGGUGGUGGGACGAUCCAGGAAUCCAAACUGGCAAGAAGAUGGACAUGCAUGUCCCUCGGUUCCUUCCAGCAUCCAUCUUCCCACAGUUUUUUGGACCUUGGCCUGUGAGUACCCUGCCUGACUAUGGUGGUUGGGUUUCGGCAAGGUAGAUAACAGGAAACAAAUGCCACAGGGAGCCUCAGCAGGAGCCGACCUUGCUGACUAAAUUCUUCUAAGCAAAUGUACCGUGGUACCAGGAAGAUAUCCCACAGGAAGGAGGUCUGAGAUCAGGAGUUGAUCCUAGGACCCAAGAGGGGAGACUCUAUUUCCUGAGUGUUCCACAGAGCAAAAGGAGAACAUUCCAGAAUACAAAUGUGAAGGAAGUACAGACAAACUGCUGUUUUAAGUUGGGUUGCGUGUUGUCAAGAAUAAUGCCAUUGUUUAAUAUGACCGCUUUUCUGCUGUUCCAGAAUACCUUCCACUGUCUGUUUUGGCCAGGGUGCAGCCAGAGGGUUUAAAAGCACCAAGAAAAAAAACAAACACCACUGAUGGAUCCUGGCAAGGAAAGCCAGACAGACUAUUCAGGGAGUGGUGUGCCAGGGCCUUUUUCUCACUUCUGGAUCAAUGCCCUGUGCUGGACCCUUGUCACCUCCUUAUUUCCAUCUCUGGUCACUUGAAGCAACCAGUGUAUAGAAACUCAGAAUCUUCAGAUUCCAGAAAUAACCAGGACACACUGAAGGACAGAGAUGGAGAGGCCACCUACCUGCUCUGCAGCGGCUACUCUAAGAAUGUCACUAUUAAACAUAUGUAAUAAAUUCUUUUUCACUGAUGGCA